AUGUCUGAUAAAUGUGUUUACAUCUAUUCAAGGUUAGCAAUCAAGUGUGGUGGUAAACAGUUGAGAGUCGGUAAUAUAGUGUAUGAAGCCGACGAUGGUGGAGCUUCUUUUAAUGUGUUAAAUUCUGAAAAAUGGGCAGUUAGUAAUGUGGGCUUGUUUUCUGAGGGACAAUUUAACACACUUCCUCAAAAUACUGGCUCAGAAGUGAUUAACACUACAACACCAGAUCUUUAUCAGACAGCAAGACAAUCCCCUGGGUCACUCAGAUAUUAUGGACUUGGUCUUGAGAAUGGGGUUUACAAUGUAAGCUUGUUCUUUGCUGAAAUAAUUUAUGAAGAUCGAACCUCAAGAAAAUGGGGGAGUCUUGGAAGGCGUGUUUUUGAUGUAUAUAUUCAGGGAACUCGCCAAUUGAAGGAUUUUGACAUAACAAAGGAGGCAGGUGGGGUUAGAAGAGCAAUUCGCACAAGCUUUGAUGCUAAUGUGACUGAUAACCAUCUUGAGAUUCACCUAUUUUGGACUGGUAAAGGGACCUGCUGUGUACCUGCCGCAGGUAGUUAUGGACCAUUAAUUUCAGCUGUUAGUGUCACUCCAGAAUUCAAACCAACUGUUGGUCUUGAUCAAAAGAAGAACCAGAUUGGGCUGAUUGUUGGUAUUACAGUCCCUCUUGUGAUUUUGGGCGUCAUACUGACAUUUUUAGUUUUUUACUUGAGGAUGAGAAAAGACAAAGAUGAUACGGAAGUACUACUUGGAAUAGGACCUAAACCGAAGACUUUUACUUACGCCGAGUUGAAAUCUGCAACAAAAGACUUCGAUGUUUCAAAUAAGCUAGGAGAGGGAGGAUUUGGACCAGUUUAUAAGGGUACACUUUCUGAUGGAAGGGUGAUAGCUGUGAAGCAACUUUCAAAAGGAUCCCACCAGGGGAAAAAUCAGUUUAUUAACGAGAUUGCUGCCAUAACUGCAGUGCAACAUCGCAAUCUUGUGAAAUUGUAUGGAUGCUGCAUUGAAGGAACAAGGCGCCUUCUUGUUUAUGAAUAUCAUGAAAACAAAAGCCUCGAUCAAGCAUUAUUUGGAAAAAGGGUGUUACAUCUUGAUUGGCCCACCCGAUUUAAGAUAUGCUUGGGAACCGCAAGAGGUUUGGCAUAUCUUCACGAGGAGUCAAGGCCGAAGAUUGUACAUCGAGAUGUCAAAGCAAGUAAUAUUUUACUUGAUACAGAACUCUCUCCCAAGAUUUCAGAUUUUGGAUUGGCCAAGCUGGUUGAUGAUAAGAAAACUCACAUCAGCACAGGAGUUGCAGGGACCAUUGGCUAUCUGGCACCGGAGUAUGCAAUGCGUGGACACCUGACAGAAAAGGCUGAUGUAUUCAGUUUUGGUGUUGUUGCUUUGGAGAUUAUUAGUGGGAGAGCAAACUCUGAUACUAGCUUGGAUAGGGAAAAAGUUUAUCUUCUUGAAUGGGCCUGGAGUCUGCAUGAAAGCAACCAAAGUUUGGGGCUGGUUGAUGCCACACUGACAGAGUUCGAUGAAAAUGAAGCUCUUCGAGUAAUAGCAGUGGCUCUCUUGUGCACUCAAGCAUCACCAAUGUUACGGCCACCCAUGUCACGCGUUGUGAACAUGCUUACUGGAGACAUAGAAGUGGGAGCUGUUACAUCAAAGCCAAGUUAUUUGUCUGAUUGGGAUUUUAAUGAUGUAACAAAUACCUUUACAAAUGACGAUAUUGGCACAUCUUCAUCUUCAGCAAGUUACACCAAGAAUAAAAGUGACAAUCCAACUGAUCUCAGCCCAGGAGUCAAGCCAUUACAUUCUCCACUAAAUAUCAGCCAAUUCAGAGAUGCAAUAUCCGAGGGAAGGUAGGAAAUAUCUUCACUUACCGAAACUGGGAGAAUUAUACUACUCAUUCUGCCUUGUAUUUCAUAUGUGCAUAGCUUUUUCUAUUCUGCCACUGAAGAUGAAACAACAACUUAAUUUAUUGAUUUUGGCAGCAUUUUGAAACUCCAACUGAAGUAGAACUUUUAGUGUUGGAGAUGUUUUCAUUGUAUACAAGUAAUAUUAGACAAUUGAAUUUUUCAUCCUGAGUGUAUAGAGAGGAAUUUCAAUGUGUUUAUUCGUGAAACAUCUCUUCUGUAAGUAUUUCAUUUGGAACUUCUGGAUAAGGAAAGUUAGUGUAUAAUUUUGCGUAUUUGUUAUUAGAUUUCAAUACUUGAAACAUCAUAUUUGUGACGUUUUCAUUAUAACCUUCAAUGUUACGAACCGUCAAU